AAUAAUUUACUAUGGCAAAAUCUUUGAGAAGUAAAUGGCGAAGGAAAUGCAGGGCUAUCAAAAGAGUGCGUUAUGGAGCAAAAGAAUUAGCCAGGCUAAAAAAAACACUUGGAAUUGAUGAAAAUGCACCUGUAGACACAGAAAUGAAAGAACUAAAAGACAUAGUUACAGUUACUGACUCCAAAUCGAUUAAAGAAAGUAAAAAUAAUGCAAACGAAACAAGCAAUACAGAAGAUAAUAAGAUGGAUGAUGGUACUGCUAGAAUUUAUAAUAAAAAGACUUUGCUUGAUCAGUAUGGGAAUUAUCCUGUAUGGAUGAAUCGUAGAAAAAUUUUAAAACAUAAAAAAGGUCGUGCUAAAACGAAAAAAAGUACCUUAAAGAAAGACAAACGAUUGACACGUAAAGACAAAAAGAAACAAAGGACAAAAGCAUAAUCUUAUUUAAGGAAAAGAUAGUUCUAAGAUAGUUCUAAUUUACAAUUGUAAAUUUUAUACUUAUUAAAUCAUGAUAAGGAUCAA